AUGAUCGAAAUCAGGGGUAUGCUGCAACAACUCAUUGGGACAAAAGGAAAGAUGCAAGAGAAGUUAGCUGCACAUGAUUCAACAAUCAUAGGCAAUGAAACUCAAUUAGGACAGCUAUCUAUGCCCUUGAACAAUCGCCCACAAGGAACAUUGCCUGCAGACACAAACAUUAAUCCAAAGGAUCAGAACCCAAAUCAGCUCAUGGCAGUGAGUCUCAGGAAUGGAAGAGAUUUAGACAUGGAGCAAGAAGUUGCUCAAUCUAAGAGAGAGACAACGCCAACUACUCCAGCUACCCCAGUUACACUAGAGAGAAAUGAGUCAGCAGAGCUCACCGAGGUUGUAAUCGAGCAAGCACAGGUUGACAAGGGUAAGGAGAAGGAAGGGUAUGCAAAAAUGAUGAAGGACCUGAUGUCGCAAAAAUUUGACUUCCACGGCCUUUCCAUUGUAACUCUGACGCAAACUUACAGAGCGGUAGUGACAAGGCCUAUGGCUCAAAAGGUGUCUGAUCCAGGUAGUUUUACUAUCCCAUGCACCAUUAGGAGUUAUGCUUUAUCUAAAGCAUUGUGUGACUUGGGAGCCAGUAUAAACUUGAUGCCCUUGGAAAUCUAUAUAAAACUAGGCAUUGGCAGAGCUAGACCGACCUCGAUGUUGCUGCAACUGGCUGAUCGCACAAUCAAACGACCGACAGGAAUUCUUGAUGAUGUGCUUGUUCUAGUGGGGAAAUUUGUAUUCCCUGCAUUCUUUAUCAUUCUUGACUGUCAAGUGGAUGAAGAGAUACCAAUCAUUCUAGCAGGCCAUUUUAGCCACUAG